UAUUUUGAUAAAACCCAAGCCCGGCUCGAAUUUAUUGCGGGCCGGAUUUUUUGGUCCGAGUUUAAGCCCGUGGGCCUAUAAACAUGUUCAUGCCCGUCCGGGGGCGGGGCUGGGCCGGCCCGUCGGGCCACCCGGCCCAUGAACAGGUCUACUCGUAAUGCAUUCAAAACCCAUGGAAUGGGAGAAUGACGGUUCAGCUCAAGCUGUGCUCACUUCUCUCCUUCUCUCUCUUAACACUCUCCCGAGCGCGGCUGCGCGGUCGAUAUUGUUCAUUUGCUUCAUCCCCAGUUCCCCACCACAGCCCAUCAUCAUCAGUGCGAAUCAAUCUGUCCAUUGUAUUUUAUUGGUCACUUGUUCUACUUAUUGCGCCGCCGAUGCUUUAAGCUUGCAACUUCUGUCUUCUAAUUUGUUAAUGACGUUGGUACGUAUAUAUACGAUGGCGAUUGAAACCCUAGAUGCUUCAAGAGAGGAAGUGCAAAUAUUCAGCGCGCAACCAUCACCCACAGUCAACCUCACCAGCGAAUACAUCCUCUCACUCCAAACCAAUUCCUACAACGAGAUAUGGUCCAAGAUUCACGUCCAAGAUGGUUCCCAGGUGGAGUGCGUGCAGCAGGAAGAACCGGUCUCAUCAUCCCACAUCGUGGCACAGCUCCUCCAGCCGGACCGGGCCUCCGUCGAGGUGGCCCUCCACCGGGCCAGGCCCAGCAACCUUACUAAACUAGUCUCCGCCUACUUCGACAACAGCGAACACACCUCCCAUUUGUGCCUUCUCCUUCAGCGUAGCAUCGAUCUCGCCCGCUCCCAUUACGCCCCUCUGGGCGACCUCAUUGAUAUCCUUCCUUUAAGCUCUUCUGAGUGCGGAUCACUCAGUCAAGCUCAGUGUGACUGGGCCUUCGGCAUUUUGCGGAAUUUCAACAGUCUCGAGAAUCCCUUUCCCCACCCCAACUCUGAUAACUUCCGUAACAUGCGUCAUUGCUUCUCUCAGCUCAAGCUGCAGCUCGAUUGCCAUCUCCACAAAUCCCGCAGGAAGGUCCGCCUCAUUCGCCGAGCCACAACCGGGUCGGCUCUCUGCCUCAUCGGCACAACCAUUGGUGUUGUCCUAGCGGCCGUGGUGAUUGCUGCUCAUGCCUUCGCCGCCCUUGUUGCUGGAGCUCUAUUUGUCUUGCUCCCGAACAAAGUUACUAAGAAGGAGCUCAAGCAUAUUGCCCAGCUAGAUGCUACUGCCAAGGGGACUUUCGUCCUGAAUAACUUCCUCGAUACCAUCGACCGCCUCGUUGCCCGCUUGCACGCAGCGAUUGAGAGCGACAAGUUUCUUAUCAGCCUGGGUUUGGAGAGGGGGAAGGACAGUUUCCUUAUUCAGGAGGUGGUGAAGCAACUUCGCAAGAACCAACCUAAUUUUCUUCACCAACUCAAUGACCUCGAAGAACAUCUCUGCCUUUACUUCACCACCAUCAACAAGGCUAGCAUUGACUAUCAACUAAAAUAAGUGUAUCUUCCAAGGAUUAACCAAGUUGAAGGAGGAAUUGAUUGAAAGCUAGCUAUCAUUAAAGUAACACAUUAGGUGAAGACAAGUGAACUAUUCAAGGAGUUUUCAGUGCAAGAAAUAAUCAGGGGGUGGGAAUGCAGUAACAAAUACUUAACUAUCAAGGCUGUGGUCCAGGACUUGGGCCCCUUCAAAGACUUAAGCUUAACUUUGAUGGAAGUUCCAUUUGGAAACCCAAGACCCUCAGGUAUUGGGAGAGCUUUUAGGGAUGGGGAAGGAAAGGUAGUAGCUUUAUAUUCCGAUCCAAUUGUAGUGGGAGAUUCACUUGGAGCAAAACUUUUGGCCCUUUCCAAAGGUUCGAAAUUGGCUAAACUGUUAAGGUUCCACUAGUGAGAGCUUUUAGUUCAGUUUAUUGCUUUAUUACAUGUGUUAUUGGGUAUGUUUCUGUGUAACAGCCCUUGAUCUUCAUUAUAGAAUUAAGAUAAAUCAUUAAUUUGGUUGGAGGCUAAAUGCUCUCAACUAAUGAAUAAACAUGGGCAGUUUAUCCUGACAAGUUUGACACACUUUGUAUUGCCUUGUAAGGAGUGGUUUGUCUUAACCACUAGGGUCAGACUCAAGGUGUAAGUGUUGAUGUUACCGAACUAGAUCAUUUUAGAGUAUUCCUGGGGUUUAUGAUUGGUGGAAUUUCUGGAUAUUGCACAUGGCCUUAGACUUGAUAAUGAUACUUACACCACCUUGUUUCUAUGUUUAGUUUGAUGUGGCUUGUCCCUGAGAGAAUCUAAAUAAGAGUCUUUAUCUGAAUGGUUAAACAGUUGGUUUCAUAAUCUUCAUUUGUCCUCAGCCAAAACAGAUAAUGUAUACUUAAAAGGUGAUUACUGCAUGGUGGUUAGCUCCGAACAUCCAUUUCUCAUAUUUGACCAAACAUUAUUCUUUUGACAAUCAAAACUUAAGGUUACAGGAUUACAGUCAUUGUUGAUCA